AUGGCGAAGAGUAUCCUCCUCAUAAAUGGCCCAAACCUCAACCUCCUCGGAACCCGAGAGCCUGACGUUUAUGGCUCGACGACGCUAGAGCAAGUGGAAGAACAGGCGAAGAAGCAGGCCGAGUCGUUGAACGCUUCGCUCGAGACAAUCCAGAGCAACUGGGAAGGCAAAAUCAUCGACCGGAUACAUGAAGCUCGCGGGAAAGUUGAUGUCAUCGUGAUCAACCCCGGAGCUUUCACCCACACGAGCGUUGCGAUACGGGACGCGCUGCUCGGUGUAGAGAUACCCUUUAUCGAAAUUCACAUCAGCAAUGUGCACAAGCGGGAGGCCUUCCGGCAUCACAGCUAUCUGAGCGACAAGGCGGAGGCUGUGCUCGUCGGGCUUGGUACAUUUGGCUAUACAUGCGCUAUCGAGCACGCGGUGAAGAACAUCAAGCCUGCAAAGAAGGCACAGUUGUAA